UCGGUCACGUGACUGCUCGGUACCUGAGUGUUGUCAUCAGCUGACGGCUGUCAGGGAGCUAGCAGGCUAACACGGUCGGGGCUCGGUUCCUGGGGGUUUAUCGCUUCUCUCCGGCUCCGACUCGCUGUCCCCGGGUUCUGGUCAGGUCCAAUCACACCGGGGACCCUCACCCGUUCUCCCUCGCUUCUGGUGGGAGUGUUUCCCCCUCCUGGCCGGCAGUGAGCCGGGUACCAGCCCCUCCUGCCCGCCCUGCAGCUCUGCAGCUACCGCUAACCUCCGCCGGAGAGAACCAGGGAGCCACCGGACCGGACCGGAGAGGAGAUGUGCCAUGGCGUCGGUCCGGGUGGCUGUGCGGGUCCGGCCCAUGAACAGACGGGAGAAGGACCUGACUGCAAAGUCCAUCAUCAAGAUGGAGGGAACCAAAACCACCGUUACCAACCUGAAGAUCCCAGAUGGGUACACGGGAGAUUCAGUGAGGGAACGGAGCAAAACCUUCACGUACGACUUCUCGUACGACUCGACGGACUGUAAGAGCUGCACGUUCAUCUCUCAGGAGAAGGUCUUCAGAGAUUUGGGGUCCGAUGUGCUGAAGGCGGCGUUCGAGGGCUACAACGCCUGCGUCUUUGCCUACGGCCAGACCGGCUCCGGGAAGUCCUACACCAUGAUGGGACUUCCAGGCGACGCCGGGCUGAUCCCGAGGAUCUGCGAAGGCUUGUUCAGUCGCAUCACCGGCGCCUCCCGAUGGGACGAAGCCUCGUUCCGUACUGAAGUCAGCUACCUGGAGAUCUACAACGAGAGAGUCCGAGACCUGCUGAGGAGGAAGUCCACUCAGACCUACAACCUGAGGGUCAGGGAACACCCCAAGGACGGACCCUACGUUGAAGAUCUGUCCAAACACCUGGUGCAGAACUACAGCGACGUGGAGGAGCUGAUGGAGGCAGGGAACAUCAACCGCACCACCGCCAGCACCGACAUGAACGACGUCAGCAGCCGCUCGCACGCCAUCUUCACCAUCAACUUCACCCAGGCCAAGUUCGAUGCGGAGAUGCCCUGCGAGACGGUCAGCAAGAUCCACCUGGUGGACCUGGCCGGCAGCGAGCGGGCCGACGCCACCGGAGCCACCGGCGUCCGGCUGAAGGAGGGCGGGAACAUCAACAAGUCGCUGGUGACGCUGGGAAACGUCAUCUCCGCUCUGGCCGACAUGAGCCAGGACGGCGUGAACACCAACCUGAAGAAGAAGUCCGUGUUCGUCCCCUACAGGGACUCGGUGCUGACGUGGCUGCUGAAGGACAGCCUGGGCGGCAACGCCAAGACCAUCAUGAUCGCCACUGUCUCCCCCGCUGACGUAAACUACGGCGAGACGCUCAGCACGCUGCGAUACGCCAACCGAGCCAAGAACAUCAUCAACAAACCCACCGUCAACGAGGAUGGCAACGUCCGGCUGAUUCGAGAACUGCGGGCCGAGAUCGCCCGGCUGAAGGCUCUGCUGGUUCAGGGCAACCAGAUCGCCCUGCUGGACUCUCCCACGGCUCUGAGCAUGGAGGAGAAGCUGCACCAGAACGAAGCCAGGGUCCUGGAGCUGACCAAAGAGUGGACCAACAAGUGGAACGAGACUCAGAACAUCCUGAAGGAGGAGACGCUGGCUCUGAGGAAGGAGGGCAUCGGCGUGGUGUUGGACUCAGAGCUGCCUCACCUCAUCGGCAUCGACGACGACCUGCUCAGCACCGGCAUCAUCCUCUACCACCUGAAGGAGGGACGGACGUACGUCGGCCGGGAGGACGCGUCCACGGAGCAGGACAUCAUUCUGCACGGUCUGGACCUGGAGAGCGAACACUGCAUGUUCCAGAGCCAGAACGGGACAGUGACUCUGCUGCCGCUCGCCGGAGCUCAGUGUUCGGUUAACGGAGUUCAGGUGACGGCGCCGUCACAGCUCAACCAAGGUGCGGUCAUUCUGCUCGGCAGGACGAACAUGUUCCGGUUCAACCAUCCCAAAGAGGCGGCCAGGCUGAGGGAGAAACGAAAGAGCGGCCUGCUCUCCACGUUCAGCCUGUCGAUGACGGAUCUGUCCAAGUCCUGUGAAAACCUGUCCACGGUGAUGCUCUACAACCCGGGUCUCUUCACUGAGAAGGGCCCCGUCUUCCUCAGGUUGGAGUUUGAGCGGCAGCAGCGAGAAGAGCUGGAGAAGCUAGAGAUGAAAAGGAGGCUGAUCAAAGAGAUGGAGGCCAAGCAGCAGAGCGAGAAGACGGAGCUGGAGCGCCUCCAGCAGGAGGUGGAGAGUCAGCGCAAGGAGUCUGAGGAGGUGCAGCAGCGGAUCCUCCGCCAGGAGGAGAGCCUCCGCCGCCGCAACCAGGACAUCGAGAGCCGCCUGCAGGACUUCCUGGCCGAGAAGGACCGCUUCGAGGAGGAGAGGCGCUCCGAGAUCCGGGGCGUGGACCUCCAGCGCAGGAGGCCUCGGAAAAGCUGGCUGGAGGAGGGGGAAGCGGAGGAGCAGGCGGAGGAGGAGGAGGAGGAGCUGGAUGACGAGAGGCGACGGCAGCAUGAGGCUGCGGAGCAGACGGAGAUCUACCGCGAGCUGGAGAGGCUGAAGAGAGAGCGCGAGGAGCAGACGGUUCGCCUGGAGACGGAGCGGCGGCGGCUGGAGGAGCAGGAGCGGGAGCAGCUCAGUCUGGUGGGGAGGCUGGAGGAGCAGCUGAGGGAGAAACACGAAGCCGCCACCGCCCUGCUGACCCGCGAAGAUGCCCGGCGGCUGGAGGACGAGCAGCGAGCGCUGGCUGACAUCAGAGAAGCCCUCCUGCGAGCUAAAGAGGCUGCAGAGCGGACAGAUGUGGUGGACGCCAGCGAGGAGGCGAGGGCCGCCCAGACCCGAUACUCAGACUUCAAGGCGUCGCAGGUGAAGGAGCUGGGUCAGCUAGAGGAGACGCUGCAGGAGCAGAGGGAGCACCUGGAGAAGGAGGUGGCCUCGGAGCGAAACACCCUGCUGCUCCUCGCCCACAGCCUGAAGGAGCAGCAGCAGCAGCUGAAGGAGACCCAGGAGAAGGGAGCGCAGGACGCCAGCGCGGUCUGCCAGGAGGAGCAGCUGCUCAGGCAGGCGGAGCACCAGCUGGACUUCAAGGAGCGGCAGCUCUCCAGCCUGGCCCACAGCCUCCUUCCCGCUCUGGCCGAGGAGAGGCAGCGGGCCGCGGAGAUGCUGCAGCGCAGCGGUGGCGACAACGGGAACCGCGAGGGCCCGCGGGGGCUGGACAACACGCUGUACCAGGUGGAGAAGGAGCUGGAGGACAAGGAGGAGAAGCUGAAGCUCCACCGCAGCAACACUCAGCAGCUCCAGCAGCUGCAGGACACGUAUGAGUUCACGGCCAACGUGGCCCGGCAGGAGGAGAAGGUGAGGAGGAAGGAGAAAGAGAUCCUAGAGUCCAAAGAGAAGCAGCAGAGGGAGGCCAUGGAGCAGGCGGUGGCCCGGCUGGAGAGGCGGCACUCGGCUCUGAGGCGCAGCGUCUCCCUGGAACCGGACUCCGAGGAGGGACACAAGACCGCCAUCCGGAGAACGGGAGAUCUGGACCAGCAGAGCAGAGUUGAGCGUGAGAUCCAGAAGCUGCGACAGAGGAUCAACGAGGGCGAUGAAAACAACAGAACUCAGUCGAUCGGUAACGACGACAAGACGAGUCACAGCAGCUCACCGGUCGGCCACAUCCAGACUCUGAACCCGCUAAUGCCGCUGUCCGACGACAGGAUAAACGCGUACAUUGAGGAAGAGAUCCAGCGACGGCUGCGCAAGAUGAAUCUCCUCAACGGCAGCAGCAACAUGGAUCUGUCCACAUCCUGUGAAUCGCUCAAGGAGGAGGAGGAGGUUAGCGACUGUAGCUCUGUUAGAGCAACAGACCAGGAUGAUGAGAAACUCCAAAACGUCAAUUGGAGGAGGCUCAAAUAUGAGAGAGCCUGCCAGUCUAACUUCCUGCCCUCGCCGGGGUUUGAGACAAGCUCCCCCCCUGGUGUCCAGGAGAACCCGUCAGAGGAAGAGUGUGGUCUUGUAAAACCUCACCGACGUCAACCAGAAUCCACAUCUGAAGUCUUGGUUGAAGAGGAAAACGCAUCAUGGAAAGAAGUGAAUCUUCCUGAAGGAAGAUGGGGAGGGGCUCGUGGGGGUCUCGACAGUUGUAGCAUUGGACAAGACAAGACCUCAGCAAACACUGAGGGUGACAGAUUUGAGAAGGAUGAGGGCAGUUUAGAAACGAGCAAAGACUCUGAACCACAGCAGGAAAGGAAGGAGGAGCUGCCGUUGACGGGACGAUGUGAAUUACGCUCAAAUGAAGACGUCAAGAACCAAACUUGUGAUUUGGGAAUCGACAAAGAUGUGAAACUUUCAAAUUUGCAGAGUAUAGGCAUCGAUAACCUCAGCUCCAAACUAAAUUGGGAGGAGGUUGUUGAUGAUGAAACAGAACAAGAAGCAGUGACAGAGGAAGUUUCAGCCAGCAGGAGUUACAUUUGGGAUUACCUCCAAAAACUCCAGAUCCAAACACAGUACCCAUGGAGAGCAGAACAAGAUCAGUCCUCAAAAUCACAUAGCUCUGGCCUUGGUGACAGCUCCCAAAAGGAUUCAGAGGUCAUCAAUGAAGGUGAAAUCAAAGCAGAGAGAGUGUUGGCCAGAAGCAGCUACAUUUGGGAUUACAUCACAAAACUCAAAAACCAAACCCACUACUCAUGGAGAGCAGAAGAAUCUGAAGUUUCCAGAGAUCGGUCGUCAAAAUCACAGACCUCUGCCCCUGAUAUCAUGCCCCAGCAGGACUCGGACGCCAUCAAUGCUCAAACAAAUCAAGAAAAACUAACAGAACCAGAAAAAGUGUCGGCCACAAGCAGGUUCCUUUGGGAUUACCUCUCAAAACUCACAAACCAAACAAACUCCCCCUGGAGAGCAGAAGAAUCUGAACUUCCCUGGCCAUCAAAGUCCCAGAGGUGCAGUAAUGACUCCACACAGGAGUUCACCGACAGUCAAGUGAAACGAGAAGUGGAGGCUGAUGACGCCUCGUCCAGCAGGACACAUGUCCUUGGCUACUUCUCUGGGAUGCUUUCGGAUGCAUACAAAGAUGCUGAAAGACGAAUACAGGACACACGUGACAUCAUCCGAAACGUUGGAGUUGGUGAAGUGAAGGAUGUUCUCGCUCAGUACGUGACCAUGAUGCCCAAAGAGAUGCCGUUGAUUCACCGAGUUCAGCUUUGGCGACCACCAGACCCUCGCAGCUCGGCAGAAGAUGACGUCAGUUCGGUGGACCUGCCAAAGGACUCCACCCUCGGUCCUUCUCCAGCAUGUGGCGUGUCCCUGAUCCUGGGGUUCUCGGGGUGGCCAGAGGGGUCGGUAUCCUCGAUCAGAAACACGAGUCCUGAGGUGUUUCAUCAGGGGCUGGUCGAGCUGCCGCCGGCUUUGUCUCAGCUAAAGACGCUUUCCUCCCAGCAGAUCCUGGAGAAACUGGAAUCCCUGUCUCCUCAAAGAGGACUUGGAAAGCUUCUGAAUGUGUUCUGUCUGAAGGCAGCAAACAGGAAACGACCCAUCCCAGAACCCGUGUGCCUGCUCUUGUCAGAAAAAGCUGUGACUGUGGUGGCCGGUACCAGUUCUGUGGACACGCUGACUAGUUUCCAUCAUUUCAAUCUAUCAGAGAUCAAAGAGGUCCAGAUCAGUUUGGCGGGGCAGCAUGUCCGCCUGAUCGGCUGCAGUGAAAACAACGUUUUAGCUGUCUUCACCCACAGCAAAGAACUCACCCAAGAGUUCUGCAAGGCUCUGCUCAAAGCAUGUGCUCCCGUCGGGUCUUCUGAAGCGGUAGCAGAUCACCCGUUGCUCUCUGGUGACCUCAUGGUCCUCUCUCUGGAUUGGACGUCAAAGGUUCCUGACCUGGUCCUUCACGGCGGUCUCCAUAUCACGUCCAGGUUCAAGCGGGUCCUCGCAGACCUGCUCUACAUUGUCCAUGGGAACAUGCUCGGCCCUGGCAAACCUUCCCUAGCAAACAUUUGUCCUCUACUCUACACCACAGUCAGGGUCAAGAACUCCGCCAAAGUCCGUCAAGACACCAUCUUCCAGUUCUUCCUGACUGACACCCACAUCGCUCUUCUCCAAGAGGACGGAGUCUUUCACCCGGUGCCGCGGGGCUCCAGUCUGGUUCCUGCCCAACCCCAGUUUCAAAGGCUUGAACUCCGCAAGCGUUCAGACAUCAGAUGCCUGCUCGUGCGGAAGAAUGACAACUGCUUGGCCAUAGAUAUCGUCUUUGCAAAUCCCAAGCAACAGACUCUUAAAGGGAGGGUGGAGUUGAGGCGGGGCUCUGCUGAAGAGCCCUCCGCCCAACACAAGCCGUGUGGUGACUGGAAGCUGAUAUUUGGCUGCUCCACAGACGCUCAGGCCCUGAUUAAUCACCUGUGUACCUAAAUGCAGGCUUUGCCCGAGCUUUGCCUGCCUGAAAUUUCUUUUUUUUUUUCUUGAACGUUUCAGUCAUUUAUUAGCAUCUAAUAAAUGUUGUAUAAGAAAAUGCAGAAUAUUUUUGUGUUCUUAGUUCUUAUGUUUUAUAAAUGAAUGAUG